UUCCAAACCCCCAAAGUACAAAGCUAAAGGAGGAGAGAGAGAAACCCUAUGGAGCCAUAGGAAGAAGAUGAAGAAGAAGAUCCAGCUCGGAGUUUGCUGUGAAACAUCAUUCUCUCUCUUCUACAAUCACUCAGAUCGUUUCUUAGUCUCCUCCGACCUCAUCCACGAUUUCUUCACUCCAUCUUCACACAUAUAUACAUAGAAUUAUACAUAUAUAUACAUAUAGGUAUAUGGAUCCGAUGCAAUCUCAUGGGUCACAAAGCUCUGAUCUUCCUCCUCCGUUCCACGCAAGAGACUUCCAAUUACAACUUCAACAGCAACAGGAGCAACAAGAACAGUUCUUCCUCCAUCAUCAUCAGCAGCAUCAGCAACAGAGGAACUCCGACAAUCACGAACGAGGUGGCAUCAAGCUCGACCGCGAAGAAACCAGUGAUGACAUGGACAAUAACAGCGGCGAGGGUAUUGAUGUAAAUUUACACGGCAACUCCGGCGGCGGCGGACAGCAGCUCACCAGACGGCCGAGAGGAAGACCCUCCGGAUCCAAGAACAAACCAAAACCACCCAUCAUCAUAACGCGCGACAGCGCAAACGCGCUUCGAACGCACGUUAUGGAGGUCGCCGAUGGUUGCGAUAUCGUAGAAAGUAUGUCCGUUUUCGCUCGCCGCCGUCAACGCGGCGUCUGCGUUAUGAGCGGUACGGGGAACGUUACGAACGUUACAAUCCGUCAACCCGGUUCACCUCCCGGCUCGGUCGUCAGCCUCCACGGCCGGUUCGAGAUUCUCUCCCUCUCCGGUUCGUUCCUACCUCCUCCGGCUCCUCCAGCAGCCACCGGUUUGAGCGUUUACCUCUCCGGCGGGCAAGGUCAAGUCGUCGGCGGGAGCGUGGUUGGGCCGUUGGUCUGCGCCGGACCGGUGGUGGUUAUGGCGGCGUCGUUUAGCAAUGCGGCGUACGAGAGGCUUCCUAUGGAGGAGGAGGAGAUGCAGACGCCGGUUCACGGCGGAGGUGCCGGAGGGCCGAUGGGGUCUCCGCCGCACCAGCAGCAAGGUUUGGCGGCCAUGGCGGCGUCAGGGCUGCCGCCGAAUCUUCUGGGCUCCGGUCAGCUUCCGCCGCCGCAUGAUCCGCCGUAUUGGGCCACCGGAAGACCGCCGUUCUGAUUGAAUUCCGGCUUUGAUAGCUUAACCAAGAGAUUGAAGGGGCUUAACUACGGGGAAGAUGACAGAACAAGAUUGAUAUGACGGUGAAGGAUUGGAGCUUCAAGGUAUGUCUGUGGAUCGACAUUUGGUUAGAUGAAUCAUGUUCUUUUUAGUUCGUAGAUGUUCUUUUUCUCUGUUAAUUUGUUGUGUAAGGGGUUUCCUUUGUUUUUCAAUUCUCUUUUUAUUGAAUUUGAUGGAUAGUUUGUACGUUUGUUUUCCAUUUAAGAAUUACUAUUUCCCAAAAUUUCUUA